GAUCAAAGAGGAAGGACUACAGUAGAGACUCAGUUCUGGGGGUUUGAUUGACGCCAGGAGCGUUGUAGUAUUUCACCCCAGAAGGGGGAGGGCGCCACAUACAAGGGGUGUCUACCUGUCAGCCGAGUCGGUAACUUCUCAAUAGCAGUCCGAACCCGCUCUUGGAGACAUUGGGGUCCUCGGACCCUUGACCAAACAUCUCCAGAGGAUUCACGUUUUUCACAUUUAUUAGUUUCUCAUGUAUUGUUAACUCUUCCUAUAGCGUAUUGUGUGUGAGAGAGAGCCCUACGUAUUGGAACGCCCCCACGUGACAGCCCUGUAAAUAAAUAGAAAAAAAAACAAAUAAAAGAGUUAUUUACAGACUGGAAAAUCAUUAACAGCUGAUUGCCAAAUUUUCGGAGUAUUUUUUUAUGUGUUAUUCUCAUUGAACGGCUUCUCAAAGGUCAGUGUGUCUAUUAUGAGUCGAAAUAGUUAAUAUCGGCCAAGAUAAACCCUGCAAAAUGGACGAUGUAGUACUUAAGCUGUCAGAUCAUGUUUUGGAGGUGAUAUUUUCGUAUCUGGAUCUUCAGACGUUGAGGAAUUGUGCAUUAGUUUGUAAAAAUUGGUACAGAUUUUUGGAGGAUGAAAAUAAUGACGUAUGGAGGACACAUUGUAUCAGAAAAUUAGCGCAAGAGGCACUUAGUUCUCAUCUCCUGUUAUCAGUUCCAACGUACAAAGAGAAAUUGAGAGCUUUCUACCACGCCUGGAACGCAAACGACAGCUCUAGGAAUAUCUAUAUUAAACCAAAUGGAUUUACUCUUCACAGAAACCCAGUGGCUCAGAGUACGGACGCUUGUAGGGGUAAAAUUGGCUUUAGACAUGGACGCCAUGCAUGGGAAGUCAUCUGGGAGGGUCCCCUGGGCACAGUGGCUGUCAUAGGAAUUGCCACGAAGGAAGCACCACUCAUAUGUCAUGGAUAUGUCGCCCUUUUGGGGUCUGAUGAACACUCCUGGGGGUGGAACCUGGUAGACAAUCACCUGCUCCACAAUGGCGAUGCUCAAGGGAAUUAUCCUUUGUUGAAUAAUGCACCAAAAUAUCAAGUUGGUGAAAAGAUUCGAGUUAUACUGGAUUGUGAUGAUAAUACGUUAUCAUUCGAGAAGAACUACGAAUUUUUAGGCGUCGCAUUUCGAGGUACUUUCCAGGAUUACCUGAUAAACGAUUGUAUCCAUCAGUCUCAGCUGUCUACGGUAACACCGAAGUUUCGAUGGUCUACCUUGGACCACCAUUGGAUGGCUAACACUGUAUUAAUCAUUUGAAUUGAAGCUUGCCAUCUCCUAUCUUUGAGUGUUCACAUCUAAUUUCAUCGGUCAAUACGAAAUGACUAUACUGAUAAAUUUUAGGGUAGGAGUUAUCCAUUCCAAUGUAUUGAAAGAUGUUUUUCAUGUGAGUUUUGUCUCUCUAAGUGAUACUAUUAUUUUGUAAAUCUAUUUUUCGUGGGUGUGGGUGUGACGCUUUCUUGAGUAACUCGGUCAGUGCUCUACGAAAUCUAAACGAUGCUCUCUUCAGUAAUUAUCUAAUUUUUUUAUUCUUCUCAAUAAUAAUUUUUCAUGCCAUCGGUUUCAUUAAUAUUUACAGAUAACCACAAUUUUUACAUUAUUAAUAACGGCGAUUAAGAAAACACUUAAACCUUGCCAUGGAGUAUUCACAAUCAUUGCCAUAAAAAAUAAAUGUCAUGUAAAUAGUCAGUAAUUCCGUAAUGGAGCCUUUAAAAAAAAAUGUCCACAUCUCAAUCACAAUUCUUUCAUUUUUUGUACAAAUUCAGUGUACAUAGUCGUUCAACUGGUUUCGGGAAAAAUGCACUCAUUAUUAUUUUUUGAUUAAACACAUAAUUACAUAAAUUCACCGUAUAUAUAAUUCAAUAGAUAUGUAUUAUAUGUAAAUAAAUAAAUUUAUUUGAAAUUCACAAA